AAAGUAACUGUCGUGACUGCAAGUACUCCCAUUCUCAAGAGCGGACGUGGCCCUGCGCACUUUAUAUCAACCACCCAUGCAGCGCUGCCUUACUCUGACCUUUGCCCGGCACAGCAGGCUCCUCUUGAGACAUAAGUUUGCGUCUGUCCACUGCCAGCAGUCAGCAGCCAUGUCAGGUCUCCUCAUCAACCAGCCCAAAUACUCCUGGCUGAAAGAGCUGGGCCUGUCUGAGGACAACCCUGGCGUUUACAAUGGGAGCUGGGGAGGCAGCGGGGAGGUCAUCACGUCAUACUGCCCCGCCAACAAUGAGCCCAUUGCCAGAGUAACCCAGGCAACCAUGGCGGAGUAUGAAGAAACUGUCCAGAAGACGAGGGAGGCGUGGAAGAUGUGGGCAGAUAUUCCAGCUCCCAAAAGAGGAGAGAUUGUGAGGCAGAUCGGAGAUGCACUUAGAAAGAAGAUUAACGUCCUCGGGAGCCUGGUGGCUCUAGAAAUGGGCAAAAUCUACGUUGAGGGAGUGGGAGAGGUUCAGGAAUACGUUGAUGUCUGUGAUUAUGCCGUUGGUCUGUCUAGAAUGAUUGGCGGGCCCAUGCUGCCUUCAGAGAGACCAGGCCAUGCCCUGAUCGAACAGUGGAACCCCGUCGGUCUUGUCGGCAUCAUCACGGCCUUCAACUUCCCCGUGGCUGUGUACGGCUGGAACAAUGCCAUCGCUCUGACCUGCGGCAAUGUCUGCCUCUGGAAAGGAGCUCCAACCACACCUCUCACAAGCGUUGCCAUUUCCAAGAUUGUGGCUGAGGUGCUGGAGCACAACAACCUGCCCGGAGCCAUCUGCUCCAUGACCUGCGGAGGCGCUGAUAUCGGCACCGCCAUGGCGAAGGACGAGCGGGUGGAUCUGGUGUCGUUCACCGGCAGCACCCAUGUUGGCAAGAUGGUGGCCAUGAUGGUGCAGGAUAGGUUCGGUCGUAAGUUGCUGGAGCUCGGCGGAAACAAUGCGAUCAUUGUGUUCGAGGACGCUGACCUGAAUCUCGUGGUGCCCUCCGCCGUCUUUGCAUCAGUGGGAACCGCUGGUCAGCGCUGCACCACAACCAGGAGGCUGAUGCUGCACGAGAGUCUUCACGACGCAGUGGUUGAGAGGGUCGCCAAGGCCUACAAACAAGUCCGCAUCGGAGACCCCUGGGAUCCCGCCACCCUUUAUGGGCCUCUGCACACCAAACAAGCUGUGGAUCAGUAUCUGGCAGCUAUUGAGCAGGCCAAGCAGCAGGGUGGUACCGUGGUCUGCGGAGGAAAGGUGAUGGACCGCCCUGGAAACUACGUGGAGCCCACCAUCAUCACUGGGCUGGCUCACGACGCUCCCAUUGUCCACACCGAAACCUUCGUCCCCAUACUGUACGUCCUCAAGUUCAAGACGGAAGAGGAAGCGUUUGCCUGGAACAACGAGGUCCAGCAGGGCCUGUCCAGCAGCAUCUUCACCCAGGAUAUGGGUCGGGUUUUCCGCUGGCUUGGGCCCAAAGGAUCCGACUGCGGCAUCGUGAAUGUCAACAUUCCUACAAGCGGAGCUGAGAUCGGAGGCGCCUUUGGUGGAGAGAAACACACCGGAGGUGGAAGAGAGUCUGGCAGUGACUCGUGGAAGCAGUACAUGAGGCGUUCCACCUGCACGAUAAACUACAGCAAAGAUCUUCCUCUGGCCCAGGGAAUCAAGUUUGAAUGAAGCCUUCAGGUUGUUUGUUGUGUUCACGGAGCCCAAAACGAAAACACUAAACAUUAGACAUUUGUUAUUGCAUUUUUGCAUUCAGAAAGGUUAGUUUGAAUUUCAAUAAAACUUAAUAUCAUUUUGGAUCAGUUUAAAUUCCCCUGUAUCAAAUCUAUGUAGAUGGUUGUUACUUCAGAUAUACAUCCUGGUUUGAAAAUAGUUUUGUGUUGAAGUUCAAAUAUUUCCCCCCCUAAUGUUGGUGUGCACUCUUGUACAAGCACUUGGAAAGUGAGUUUGAGGGCGAGAUGACUACUGGAUACUGUAUACAGUGUAAAAAAUAAAUAAAUCUCGUCUUUUAUUUUGAAAGAAAAA